GCAUCCCACUGAUCUCCUGCUCCCUCAGGAGUUCUCUGUUGUGCUCCCUGUCAGGGCAGUCAUUGAUUGUGGUCGGGCACCAACUAGUUCUUCUGGUCUCAGGAUGAUGUAGGUCUCUGGUUCAUGUGGCCCUUUCUGUCUCUUGGGCUCUUAGUUGUCGUGUGGCCUUGGUGUUCUUCAUUUUCCUUUGCUCCAGGUGGGUUGAGACCAAUUGAUGCAUCUUAGAUGUCCGCUUGUUAGCAUUUAAGACCCCAGACGCCACAUUUCAACGUGGUGGUCUUUCUUUUUGAGUUAGAAUUUUGUUCUACAUUUUUCUCCAGCUCUGUCUGGGACCCUCUGUUGUGAUCCCCUGUCAGAGAAGUCAGUGGUGGUAGCUGGUCACCUUCUAGUUGUACUGGACUCAGUCUGGUGGAGGCUGUGGUAGAUGUGGUCUGUUAGAGAAAUUUAUUUUCUUACACUUUAGGAGGCUAAAAGUUUGAGUUCAGGGUGCUGGCUCUAGGGGAAGAUUUUCUUUCUGUGUCAGCUCUGGAGGAAGGUCCUUGUCUCUUUGAGCUUCUGCUCCUGGGUGAUCUUCAUGUGGCUUGGCAUCUCUCCCCUCUCUGCUUCUUGAUUGCCUGUUUAAUCUCUUUUAUAUCUCAAAGAGAUUGGCUUAAAACACACCCUACACUAGUCCUGUUUCAUUAAGAUAACAAAGAAAACCCAUUCCCAAAUGAGAUUAUAACCAGAGGCAUAAAACCCAAACAAAACCCGGUGCCGUUGAGUUGAUUCCAACUCAUAGCGACCCUAUAGGAUAGAGUAAAACUGCCCCAUAGUUUCCAAGGAGCGCCUGGUGGAUUCGAACUGCCGACCCUUUGGUUAGCAGCUGUAGCACUUAACCACUACACCAUCGGGGUUUCCAACCAGAGGCAUAGAGUUUAGGAUUUACAACUCAUAGUUGUUUAGGGACACAAUUCAAUCCGUAACAGUCACCUUGUGAACUGAAUGCUCCACUCUUGCCCCUACCCAGCAGGUUCCUUUGCACACAGGGGGUUUCAAGUUGGGUACCACAUAGGAGAUUCCUAGGGAAUAUGGGCAGGAAGACUGUCCCCAGAAGACCUCUGAGGACCUUUAGUGGUGAGAUACUGCAUUCCCAAGGCCUGUGCAGUGGCCUUCUUGAGUAUGAGCACAUACUCUUGAAGUUGGCCCAGGCUAUAGAGGGGAGACCAGAUUCCUUUUCUCCACCACACAAAGUCUUUGUUCCAGCGACCCUGGACCAGUCCCUUUUCCUAAAGUAUGCAUACUUACAUCCCCACCUCUGUGCCUUUGCACGUGCUACCCUUCCGGGAUUGCCGUCCCCAUGGCCCAUCAUCUAAAUGGUAUCCAUUCUUCAAUAUCCAGCUCGGAUAUCCCCCUGAAGCCUUGCACUUUCACCUCCAUGGAUUGAAUGUCUUUUUCUCUGCACCCUCUUAUUGCUCUGUGGGAACCUUGGCUUCCCACAUGGUUUGGUAUUAUUGAGGGGAGUUGUCUAACGUGUGCAUAGACAUAGGCAAAUUCACCUGUGUGCUGAACAGAGAAGAGAGAGGCAAAGAGGAAGAGACAGACUAUUUCCAGUGACUCCGCUCAUCAGAGUAUAUAUGAGAGGGAGAGUGAGAUGGGACUGCCAAACCUGCUAUUUCCUCAGCCAAGUUCCCUUCCGGUAUUUUGUCUUAGGGUAAGCAGAGUGUCAUUCUAACAUUUAAAGAGCAGGCUUUUUCCAUGCAACACAACCUAUAAAUGCAACCCAAAUAGUCAUCUGGGUAAUUUUGACAGAUUUUCACCCUAGAACCUGGCCGCUGUCUAAAAUGUGACACUUUGUAUUUGCGUUCCUGUUGUUUUUCCCGUAGCUGGUUUUAAGCUUCUGGAGCCUGCCUCACCCUACGUUUAAUUUUCAGCAGUCCAAUCUCGCCACAGGUAGCGCUGUCCACUAGAGCUGCUUGGAACUCCUCACAGCGCCCUCUGCCGACCACACAGGAACUACUGUGUCUGAGGGGCCCUUGUCAAUCGUGUUUUCCUUCCUCCAGAGCUACCUCCUGCCAUUAACAUCUAAUUUUCUGGUGGAAGGUCUUUUGAUUUGCAGUAAAUUCCCAGCCACCCCCAAAAAGAACAUAACAUUAUUGCAAUGGCUGAAAGUUAUCCCAGGAUGCUGAAACGAAAGUAUUACUGAAACCUCUUGGUGGUGAGUGUGGGGUGUCCGGAGGGUCCAGUUCCCAGCUCAGGCAAAAUCACUGCUGAAACUAUUAUAAAGCACCCAGCAAAGAUGAGGACGCCAGGACUGAAUGGCAAGAAUUUUUAGGUAAUAAAUGAAGACGUUCAUAGAUGCUUGCUUCAGUUUCCAGAAACUUCUCUUCCCUGAAGAAUGGAACACUUCUCCAUGUUGAAUCAAUACCAUUAUCCCAGGUUUUGGGUCUGGGCGACAAGACAAUGGCAGUGUCAUUAACAAAGAGAAAGAACCUGUCUAGUGGCAAAUAUGGCAAUGCUGCAGCUUUGAACUCUUUGAAACUGACUGAUGAGAUGGAGCAAGUGGAAAUGUUUGGUAGAACACUGGAAUGUGGGAUUGGCCUCCAUGGCUGGGGGGUGGGAGAGCUGAUUCUGGAGUGGGAGGAAGCAAGAGUCCUCUCCCUGUUUCCAUCAUCCCACCCUACCCCUAACCCUGAAUUCGGCCGGGUGAGAAGGUCGGCCACAGAUUAAAUGUCUGUGUGACUGUGUGUGUUUUCUUCCUUGGUUAGAGAGAUGCCAGAAUGUUGCCUUGAUAGCUUGAGGAAGACAAGCCCCUUUUGGGUGAGACCACAGGUAUCUUCCCCUCCUCUCCACAGGAGGGUCCACAGAAAGUCCUCAGAAUGUUCUCCGCAGGAGGACAGGCCGAUGCGUCUACUCAGUGUGUGUGUGUUGUGUAAUCGAUGCUUUUGCAUUGAGGGUCAAAAACGGAGAGCAGUCAGAUCCCUGGGAGAGAUGGAGGAGGGAUAUGAGGAAAAAAAUGACCAGAACUCUGGUCUGCAAGGUGGCAGAUGCCUGAGUCCAUCAGAACUCCUGCUUGUGGCCUGGGAAACCAUGCCACGCGCGUGACCAGGGGAAGGUCGGCCCCACACAAGCUUCGUGCAUGACUCUGGUUGCAGUCGAAGUCCACUAGGUGGCGCUGUUCUCCGGUCUGUCUAGUCGUGGAGCGCGGUGGACGCUUCUCUUGCUCCAGCACCUCCACGUCUGACUAGGCUGUGUCGUUACUGUCUCCUGUGGUCUUUGUAGAAGUUGUCAUUCCUCCAUCUGUCCAGCCGCUCGGUAAAUCAAGGCUGGGGGUGCAAGGCCACAUGCUGGGCACGGACUGGGACAUGCUCUUACAGAGGAUACACGAAUGUUAAGAUGGCUGUUCUGUGCAACAGACUACCCCCAACCAGGAACCCGGGAUGUCUUUCCACCCCAGGGGAGAGCUUGAAGAGGCAGGGUGGGCCCGCAGGACUGAAUGGCCCCUAGGAGAGCCUCUGGAGAGGUACAUGACAUCUGAGGGACAUCAGGAGCCCCAGGGUGGGAUGCCAGAUGUGGUACCACAGGUAGGAGAAGCAGCUGAGGGAUACCCAAGCUAGUAAACCUGGUAAACCAAGCGAUAUCUCAAGUAGACUUAACCAAAACCAAACCAGUUGCUGUCCAGUCCAUUCAAUUCGAACUAAUGAUGACCCCAUGUAUAAAACCCAACCAAACCCAUUGCCAUCCAGUCGAUUCUGACUCACAGCGACCUUACAGGACAGGCAAAACUAUGGAUCCUGUUUGUGUGCUUGGGUUUCCAAGGCUGUAAUCUUUAUGGAAGCAGAUUGUGACAUCUUUCUCCCCAGGAGCAGCUGGCGUGUUGGAAUCGCUGACCUUCCUUCCGGCUAGCAGCCUCGCUUUAACUACUACGCCACUAAGGCUUCUUUGACCCCGUGUAUGCAGAGUAGAAUUGUGCUCCACAGGGUUUUCAAGGCUGUAAACUUUCAGAAGCAAGGCUGCCAGGCUUUUCUUUCAAGGCACCUCUGGGAGUCCUCAGGGCCAGAAAGGCAGCUGGGGGGCCAAAAGGCCCUGAGAACUUUGUUGCCAGGAACACACCCCAACCAGGAGCAGCAUGGACCAUGGCGAGGGGGCUGCCAGAGCCCCAGCUGGCACUGCUGUGCCUCAGGAGUUGCUGGAAGAAAUGCUUUGGUUUUUUCGGGUAGAAGAUGCAUCUCCUUGGAAUUACGCCAUCCUUACCCUGGCCUCCAUGGUGAUCGUGAUAAGCACCAUACUCCUGGGAAGGAGUAUCCAGGCAAACAGAAAUCGAAAGAAGCUGCUACUGGAAAAACAAACUCCAGAAGUCUUAUAUUUGUCUGAGGCCAGAAACAAAGAUGACAACAGCACGGACAUCCUAAGAGAGACUUUGCUCUCAGAAAAGCCACACUUGACCCAAGUGAAAAUUGAAUUUAAAGAUCGAGAUGUCCCAUUGGUUCUCACUCCAGACCUCCCAGACUCUUGAGAGCAAUACCUACCCUCAGCCAGGGCCCUGGUCAGGCUCACUGGCCUGAAACCUCUCCGGUUUUG